AGUAUCGUGACCAAUUUUCGCUUUAUUGGGCAUGGCCCUGAAUUAGUAAUCUGCUCUCUCUCGACCGAUAAUCGCCAUCAGCUCAAUCCUUCUCCCUGAAUCCACUCUUCUGAGAACACCUAACCAGAGCUUACUGAAAGACCCUCUGUAUCGGGAUAUAAUUGAUUGCGAUCCCACUUGAACUGGUAGUUGAUCUUUUCUAGGCGACGCCACAACCGCUUUCGGGGGCAGAAUUACGCCGACCGGGAUAUCUCACUGGCCGAUACUGUAUUGAAUGUGCUUUUCACCAUAAAUUUCCAACUUAACAGGUACUUAUAUAAAUGCCAAAAUACUACAAAAGUACAGUACAUCACAUACGGUGCAGUUCCCUCUGAUCCAAUCCAACAAUGAAGAUCAUCUUGACGGGUAGCACAGGUUACAUCGGCAACGAAGUCCUACUUCAAUGCCUCGCAAACCCUUCAAUCACUUCAAUCAUCGCUCUUUCACGGCGCAACCUAAAAAUCUCAGAUCCAAAGCUCAAAGUCAUCAUCCACGAAGACUUCACGACUUACCCCCCUGAACUCAUGACUCAGCUGGCAGAUGCUGAUGCAUGCAUCUAUUGCCUCGGAUCAAACGUCCCAGUCAAGCCUCCAGAGCUCAAUCAAAAAAUCAACUUCGACUAUGCAAUCACAACCGCACGCACAUUUGCCGGUUUCUUCAACAGCUCGAACUCCGCUCCCAUGAACAAGAGUUUCAAAUUUGUCUAUCUCAGCGGCGCCUUACCAGAGAAAGACCCAGAGAAGAAAUUGUGGUUCUUAGCGGAGAACCGGCGUAUGAGGGGAGAGCUUGAGAAUGCGCUUUUGCAGCUUGGGAAGGAGAAAGAAGGAACGGGGUUUGAGGUCUUUGUUGCGAGACCGGGGUUUGUCCAGAAAGAGGGUGCAGUUCUCAAGGCUUGGCUUGUCGGCUUGGUUGGGAAGUAUAUUUUUAUGCCGGAUUUGGCUGCGAGUAUGGUUGAUGUUGCUUUGCAUGGGUAUUCUAGACCAAUUAUAGAGAACGAAAUGCUGGUUGAGCUAGGGAGGAAAGUGGCUACGAGAGGCAAUAGUUGAGAGGGAUGUUGUAAGAUCUUAUGUGCCAGUGUAAUGUUAAAAUUUAGAAAGCUAUACUAUCGAAGAAGAAGAAGAGGAACGAGAAAUGUGCA